AUUUAGGCAGUAUACGAAGUAUACGAGUGAAUGCCAUGAUUUUUGCGUUUAGUGAGUCUGGUUUAUUAUUUAUAUUGCCAGUUCCAGCCAGCCUUAUCAUCCUCAGUCUCAUCAUCUCCAGCACUAUUAUUCCAAAUGGCUUUUCCAAUAGUCAUAUAUCUUUUCAUCACCCUAAUCUCCUGGCAUGUCUGGAGUCAGAUCACCUCACGACGUCUUCCUCCCGGCCCUAUACCCCUACCUCUCAUCGGUAACAUCCACCAACUCUGGAGUCCAGCCCCCUGGAAAGUUAUACAGGUGUGGCACAAGCAAUAUGGCCCUAUCAUCACGAUCAGACUUGGUCCCAUACCCAUUAUCUGCAUCGGUAGCCACGAUGUCGUUCGAGAUCUAUACGAAAAGCGAGGUCGAAUCUACAGCUCGCGACCGCGGAUGAUAUUCCUCAACGAAUGCAUGUUCGAAGGACACUUCCCAGCAGCGCAACCUGAUGGUCCGUAUUUGAGGAUCUUGCACCGUCUGCAGUAUGCUGUGUUGAAUAAGAAUGCCACAGACUCGUACCGCUGCGUCCAGGACUUAGAGAGCAAGCAGGUACUACAUGAUUUGCUGCUUAAUCCUGAAAACUUCAAGACGCACUUCGAGCGGUAUGCAUCGAGUAUUACGUAUUUACUGCUGUUCGGUAAGAGAAUUGUCCAUCCAGAUGCCAGCGAAAAGCAAGAAGUUGACCGAUUUCUACGUCUUUUUGUCGGGGCAAAUGGGCUCUCAGAUUCUCUGCUCGACAUUUUCCCCUUUCUAAAUAGUCUUCCCGGGCCGUUUGCACCGUGGAAAGCUACGGGGAAGAAGGUCAAUCAGGAAAUGAAAAGAAUUAUCAGCACCUCACUGGAACAACGACGGGGAUGGAACUGGUCUGAAGAAAUCAUGCAUCGCCAAGAAACUUCGAACCUGCCACCCGGUGGAUUACAAUGUCUUCUUCUCGAACUCUACCUCGCCAGCUCAAUGACAACAUAUAUCAUCCUCCAGUUCCUCAUUAAAGCUUGCGCAGUACACUCAGAGGCACUGAAGCAAAUGCAAACCGAAAUCGAUACUGUUGUUGGCGACCAGAGACUCCCAACCUUCGAUGAUGAGAAGAACCUACCGUACCUAAAAGGCUUCAUCAACGAAGUACUUCGCUACUACCCCCUCGUCACCAUAGGUGUACCUCGCACCACGACACAGCCUGAUGAAUACAUGGGAUACCGUAUUCCGAAGGGAUCUAUCGUUGUGGCCAAUAACUGGGGUCUUGACAGAGAUGAAGAGCUACAUGACCGCCCUGAUGAAUUCCGGCCCGAGCGGUGGAUUGAGAAGCCUGGUCCGCGCGUGACCGUAUUCGGAUUCGGUCGCAGGGCUUGCUCAGGUGAGCAUUUAGGACGUGCUUCUUUGUUCAUCGUUCUCGCUAGGUGUCUUUGGGGCUACGACAUUAUUCCUCGUCCCAACCUCGAUAAUACACAACAGCCGGAAAGUGGCAACGCGGUUUUUAGUGUCCCCGUGGUAAAUGCUGAAUUUCGCCUUAGAAGUCCUGAGCGCCGCGAGAUCAUGGAGAGAGAGUGGUUGGUGGCUGAGAAGGACGAGGGUAAGAUUAUGACGGAUCUCGAAGCGAGCGUGAGCCGUCGGCCUGCUUAAAAAUUCAUUGUGGUUUUGCAAUGUUAUUCCUUAUUCAUUGUGUAUCUUUGCUUGUGGGGAUUGAAGGUAAAAUGGCUGGCUGUAUUUAGAGAAGGUGGAGCAUGAAUCAUAGGAUCCAGAUACUUCCGCAAAAUUGCAGAGACA